AUGAAGCUGUCGUUUGCCACAUUGGCGGCCGUCGCCGCGGUUGCCCUUCCGCCCACCGUCGUCGCGAAAGAAUGUCUUGACUGGCCAUUGGACAACGUAUGCGGUCUUGUGAAGAACAACGCGGGCCAGUCGCUGAAGGUUGCAAACGGAUGGGGAAGAAGCAACAAGGACAGUUACGACGAGUUCGAUGGGGAAACCACGUUCAAGAAAGUCACAGUGAACCCCAACCAAAGUAGCAAGGACCAGGGGGUCAAGGAUGCGGACGGUGUUUUCGUCCCCAAGGGCUGCAGGUUCACGUACGACCAAGAAACGCUGAAAGCAAAAUCGUACGACCACGAAUGGAGUCGGGAGGGUCGCGAUUCCGGCCUGUGGAUCAAGAUUCAAAGCAUCGAUAUCAUCACGGUGACGAGGAUCUCAUGUGCUUCUUCUGGCCCUACACAAGAUGCCAAAUGUACCAAUAUCGGUGGAAAGUGCCAGUACACCGCGAAUGCCUGCAGCGCUGGAUACUUGACAGGCUAUUGCCCUAGUUCCCAGGCCAACGUUAAGUGCUGCCCAAGCAAACCAAGCGGACCGGUCCAGGACACCCAGUGCAAAAACUGGAACGGUGUCUGUCAGAAUAGUUCCCAGGGUUGCAGCGGCGGUUACCGAGUCGGCUUGUGCCCCAGCUCCGGCAACAGCAUCAAAUGCUGCCUUUCCAUCAAGCAGGACAAUGCAUGCCUCGACGCCGGCGGUUUGUGCCAAGACAUCAACAAGAAGUCUUGUAAGAAGGGGUAUAUGACCGGCAAAUGCCCCAGCAGCGGCAACAACAUCAAGUGCUGCCCUACGACCUUCAUCAACACCUAA